AUGAAAAGUUUGCUCGUCCUGUCGCUGGUCUGCGCUCUGUUCCAUGCACAUGCUCACAAAGUCAGCCUGCGUGCUGUCGAACGCAUGCGUGACUUGCAAGCAGGCGAAUUGGUUGCAACGCCUAUGUCAUAUCUAGAGCACUACUAUCUCUUGAACAUCAACGUCGGGCGAUACACUACUGACGAACACUCUUACACCUUGCUCGUCGAUACUGGCAGCUCUAUCACGUUCUUUGGCACGAAUCCUGCUCGACCAUACGUAGCGAGUGCUAGCCAGAUCAAAUCUGAUGCGACAUUUGCUCAGACGUUCUUCACUGGUGAAAAGGUUGCAGGGACGUGGACCGAAAUUGCGCCUGGCCUGGUCAUCCCCAACACUGACUUUGGCGUCGUCACAAAGGCUGGCACAACGAGCUUAACCACAACGAACGAGGGUAUCUUCGCAUUGGGCCGACAAGGAGGCGCCAUGGUCGAGACAGGACGGACCACAUGCGAAGCCUGCAGGACUUGGAUGUAUUCCGCGGUCGAAGAGGGCCUGUUGUGGGGCAACGUCAUCACUAUCGAUCUCGCAGAGCCAGCUUUGACUUUCGGUCGCGUCAAUCUAGAGCAUGCGAGCGGUACGCCCGUCUAUGUUCCCUGCGUCAAACAGAGCCAUUGGGCGAUACGCGCCAGCAUACCUCAGAUCGGCUUCGCUGGCCUAUCGGUCGUCGAUACGGGGUCACCCUUCCUGACGCUUUCAGAUGCGGAUAUGCAGGCCCUCAUGCGUCGCAUACCGGGCUCGAAGAUUGAGCCUGUCAAUAGUGUUCUGCUUGUUCCGGUAGCUCACGUGCUGCAGCCGCUCACGAUCAUCGUGCAUAUCUCGCAGUCGGUCGCAGACGCCUGGCUGAUGCAAUAA